AAUCAUGCUUUGUGGUAUCAUAACCUAAAUGUAAUCUGAUUAAAUUUUCCAUCACGCGUUGCGGCAUCUGUUUUCAUAUAUAACAGAUUCAUUAAUAUUAAAUCUUAAAAUACAAUAAAGAUGACACAAAAAUAUCCAACUGAUUGGGAUGUGGAUAAGUACUACGACGAUACAGAACCAGAUCAACAUUGGGAACUAAGAAAACAAUUUAUGAUCACUCACAAAGGCACUUUUUCCGAAGAAUAUCUUGUAGCAUUGGCUAGAACAUUCACCAACAUUGAAUUUAUGGGCUGCAGUUAUCCAGGUCCAUUAAUGGUAAGAAUUGCUGAACUUUCCAAAGAUGUUGCUAAGGACUACAGAGAAGCAAAGAAGGGAAAAUUACAGAGAACAUUUGUGAGUGCGAAGAGUGCUGCUGAGACAAGAUAUGGAGGAGGCAAGAAGGAAGAAUCACGUCCAGGCAAAUCUCGCUAACGUUUCAUAUUAAAUCCACUCAUAAUCUUUUCAUAUUUUCAUAACUUUUUAUAUAAAUUAAUAGAUUACUUGUCACUAUUCUGCAAUCCUUCAAUCGAGACACUCAACUGCUCCAAUCUUUGAAUUAAAUGACUCAUAGUAUUAUAAGACUGCCGGAGAUUAUCCUCGGCGAGUGACGGCGCGCUGGUUGUACCCAAAUCAAAGUGUAGCUUGGCGAGUUUCUCUUGCUGCUCGCGAAUAUUUGUCAUUUGCUCCAUGGUACAGCCACUGGCAAACGCACGCAGUUUCCCUGAAUGGAAGUCGUCGAGGAGUCCAAGCAGGGCGCGUUCCAUGUGACGCACAUCGGGAACUUCGGAUAAAAAUGAGUGAUGAUGCACUGGUUUGUGUGGUGGAUCUACUACUUUAAAUUUCAUGCAAAACAUAAAGUAAAUAAACUGAAUACACUCAUAAUAAACAAUAAAAUAAAUGAAUUAUGAAGCAAA